CGCGCGCUCCAAAGACAAUUAUCAUCAUCAUUAUCAUUGUCCGCAUGGCUCUUGGGAGUGUCAGUUUAAUGUCAAUUAUCAUGUGUGGCACACGUCGUUGAAACCUGGGACGAUAUUCUAUUAAGAAAACGAUCUGGUGAGCAUCAGCAUGUUUUCGAGUGGAACCACGAGGAACGAACGAGUUCAAAGCAAGAGCUGCUAUAGCAUCGAAAUGCUAUUGGCCAAUAAUAACAAUCAAGUGCGGUGUUUGGACUUGCGGAAGGCAUCUGCACCCCAGCAGAUUUCGCUGGACUUGAGUGGCACAGGUGCUUUUGGGUCCACGAGUACGCUCAAGAUUCCGAGAUUUGACCAUCAGAACAAUCGAGAGAUGGUGGCAGAUUGUGCUGAGGUACCCAAUCCUAGAAAUGAGUCCAACCCCUACGAUUUAAGCUCGAAAACGAGCUCAACGCCUCAAUCAGGAUCCCCGGAUGACCUGUCUAUGCCCAAAGACUCCCAUUUUGACGACUUUGAUGACGAGGAUCGACCCCGAAAGAGCCGAAGAUCAAGAACUACCUUUACCACCUACCAGCUGCAUCGACUCGAGCGAGCCUUCGAGAAAACUCAAUACCCGGACGUGUUCACACGCGAGGAACUAGCUCACUCUCUAAAUCUGAGUGAGGCAAGGGUUCAGGUCUGGUUCCAAAAUCGCCGCGCCAAAUGGCGUAAACGAGAGAAGUCGGUCCUAUCAGCCGGACCCAUGGGCGGCUCGGGAGGCAUGGGUUGUCCUCCCGGACUCCAAGGGUUUUCCCCUGACUUCAUGACUGCAGCCAAUAACUACUUCUUGGGAGAGAAAUAUCUGAACUCAUCGGACUUGACCCCGUCAGCGAUGAGAUUUCCAUUUCUCUUUCCAACCAACAGCUUGUCGCUUCGACAAGGUCCUUUGGUCACCCCUUCAACGGUGUUUCAAUUCAGGGGAGGACCCCCCAAUGGUCACACCUCUUCUCUACCAAUUUCCUUGGCUAGCAGCCAAGGAAACUCGAUUAAUUCGAUGCUACAGAAUUGCAUGAGUCUAUUUCCGAACCUCAUCCCCAACCCAGUGAUCCCUUGCCGAGGAAACUCCUCCCCGGGCACAAAUGGACCGUCUAGUCCCCAUGGAACAGGUGCCAAUACGUCAGAUGAGAACGACAACGAUGACGAUGAUGCGAGGUCUCUUAUUGUCGAUGACGACGAGCGUGAUGUGGUUCAUGAGGGCAAUGGUGACAAUUCUUUGAGCAGCAACAGCGGGGAUGCCACUACUAGUGACUAAAUAUAGCAUAUCUAACUAUAUGGAUAGCCCAAUAAUAAAUUCAUGGAGCCUUUAUUUUUUUGGGU